AUGGAGCAACUCGCAGCCUGGGACCGAGCCAGGCACGCCCACCUAUUUGACGGCUCUGUUGGCGGCAUUGUCAGCUUCUCCCUGCAAAGAUCCGCCGAUUUUGAUUUCGCCAGUGUUUAUUUGGCACCAAUUAAGCUGGGAUUCCCACCUCAAGAGUUCAAGGUGCUGAUUGAUACUGGGAGUGAGGUGUUGUGGGUUAAGUCGAAUGCUUGUGCUAACUGUCCACGUUAUAAUCGUCUCGGGAUGCCGCUUAAUUUCUUUGAAUCGGCAGCCUCAUCCACUGCUGGGUCACUUCCCUGUUCGAAUCAGUUUUGUGCAGCAGCUACCAGAACCGCCGCAACUCAUUGUGUCUCUCAUCAAUGCUCAUACACAAUCCAAUACGCAGACGGGAGUGGAACAUCGGGCCUUUAUAUGACAGACAGGUUUUAUUUGAGUUCCAUCUCACCGGACUCAAUGGUCGCCUCCUCCUCGGCACUUGUUGUCUUUGGUGUCAGUACCUACCAGUCGGGUGCCUUGGUGGAUACUUACAAUGAAUUUGAUGGAAUCUUUGGAUUUGGUCGAGGUGAUCUAUCUGUCAUGUCACAAUUAUCGUCCAGAGCAAUAACACCCCGGGUUUUCUCUCAUUGCUUGAAAGGAGAGGGAACAGGAGGUGGUAUUCUUGUUCUUGGACAGAUUCUGGAGCCAGGGAUAGUCUAUACUCCCCUUGUCCCAUCACAGCGUCACUACAACUUAUAUCUCCAAAGCAUCGUUGUUAAUGGGCAGAUGUUGCCCAUUGAUCCAAUAGUGUUUGCGACGUCAACUCGUCAUGGGACAAUUGUUGAUAGUGGAACAAAUAUGAUAUACAUCACCGAAAAAGCUUACGAUCCCCUUGUCAAUGCUAUUAUGUUAUGA